CACAGCCUGAUACUACAUCCACUCCUAUACUCUCCUCGAAUCUACUUCGACAUGCAGCUCUCCACUCUCUUCGCCAUCCUUGCCCCAAUCGCCGUCGUCCACGCCGGUUGCUACAGCGGAGGCGACACAUGGGCUCCCGACCAGGUGCAAGCCAACAACGCCUUGAACGAUCUAUGCAACAACCUGGCUGGCGGAUUCAGCGGUGGUCAGACCAAAUACGCGUGUCGAAACGCCGGCACCCCCAACAAGAAGCUAGAGUUCUGGGUCAAGAACACGGCCGGCAAUUCUUUGUCGCUGGGCCACGGCGAUUGUGUACUACGCAUCAGUAACGAGAUCAACGGAUGCUCAAGAGGCGGCGAUACCACUACUGCUGGUUGGAACUUCAGGGCCGAUCCUAACCAGGGACGCUGCUGAAGAAGUAGUGACUCCACACUGAUAUGCUAGGGAAGGGUGAGAUCAGCGGGUGAGCGGGUUGUAAGCUUUUGAUGGGGAUCGCAAAGUGGAGGUUGGAAAAUCGAUAGUCGAGCGGAUAUGCUAUCCAGUC